UGUCACUCUGGAUUAUACUCCAUGAUAAUCUCAAUCUGAAUUCUGGCACCUGUGAGGGAGAUAUUUGGGAUUAUUAUCACCUUAUAAUGAUGCUGCCCCGCUGCUGAUUCAGGCUGUGAGUGAGAAGAAGGAAAGAGACGGACACCUUGGUAACGCUGACUGAUUGACAGGCCAGAUUUGGACAGCUUGAUGGUGGUAAUAAGUUAAACAAAAAAUACUGAAAGCAAGGCGGAAAUGGAAUUACGACUGGGAUUAAGGAUCACCCUGAUCUCUGUUAUCCUGGUUUUGACCCUUUCCGGCGAGACGGUGGAAGCACAGAGGGCAGGAUGUAAGAACGUCCACUAUGACUUGGCAUUUAUCCUCGAUACGUCAUCCAGUGUUGGAAAAGAAAAUUUUGAGAAGAUCCGGCAAUGGGUUGCCAACCUUGUAGAGUCAUUUGAUGUGGCGCCCGACAAGACAAGAGUAGCUGUGGUGCGGUACAGUGACAGACCCACCACUGAGUUCAACCUGGGAAGACACAGGACCCUGGAGGAUGUGAAGCAAGCUGCUCGGAACAUUCGCUACCUCGGGGGAAAUACAAUGACUGGGGACGCUAUCAGCUACACCACCACCAAUAUCUUCACAGAGAGAAAUGGAGCAAGACCAAAAGCUAGAGGAAUCCAGAAGGUGGCCAUUCUUCUCACAGACGGCCGAAGCCAGGAUUAUGUACUUGAGCCGUCUAAGGAAGCUGCCAAGGCCGGCAUCCGGAUGUUUGCUGUGGGUAUCGGGGAGGCUUUGAGAGUGGAGCUGGAGGAGAUAGCGGCAGAGCCGAAGAAUGCCCAUGUCUUCCAUGUGACGGACUUUAACGCCAUUGACAAGAUCAGGGGCAGGCUGAGGAGAAGACUGUGUGAAAAUGUCCUGUGUCCAAACAUGAAGGUCCAACCUGAUCGCUUUAAGCCCAACAGCACCAGUUAUGGUCUUGAAGAGGUUCCAGGGUUUGACCUGAUGGAGUAUUUCAAUGUGAGGGACAUUCUGGGAACCAGAGAUGACGACGGCCAAAGUUCUUACGUACGCCUUGGGACCAUGCCGAUUGUACAGCAGACAGAGGACGUGUUUCCUCAAGGGUUGCCAGAUGAAUACGCCUUUGUGACAACGUUCAAAUUCAGGAAAACCUCAAGGCGGGAAGAUUGGUACCUCUGGCAGGUUUACGACAAGUAUGGUAUCCCACAGGUGUCUAUUCGUCUGGAUGGUGAGAACAAGGCCGUGGAGUACAACGCUGUGGGACUUACAAAGGACGCUGUUCGAGCUGUGUUCAAGGACCCAGAUGUUGAGAAUCUGUUUGACCGUAACUGGCACAAGAUCGCCCUCAGCGUAGAGGCCAAGGCUGUGUCUCUGUAUCUGGACUGCAAACUCAUCCAGACUCUGCCCAUAGAGGACAGGGAGGAUAUUGAUAUCCAGGGCAAGACGGUGAUUGGGAAGAGGCUGUAUGACAGUGUUCCAAUAGAUUUUGACCUUCAAAGGAUGAUGAUCUACUGUGAUGCUAAACAUGCAGAGCUGGAGACCUGCUGCGACCUGCCCAACGGACCUUGCCCAAAGAAAGUUGUCACAGAGGCCCCACCUGUGCAGAUCCCCACUCCAACACCUACAACUGCAGAGCAACAACGAGGACCUCAAGUGAACUGCUCCUGUCCUGCAGGAGAAAAGGGAGAGAUUGGUGCGACAGGUGCAGCAGGCCCUAAGGGUGAAAAGGGGGACACUGGCCUUAAGGGUGCCAUGGGACCAGCUGGGAUCAAAGGACUUAAAGGAGAAACUGGCAGAGUCAUCUCUGUCAAAGGUGACAAAGGUGCGAAGGGUGAUACAGGAACAUUAGGGUUGACAGGUCCUCCUGGACAAAAAGGAGAGAAGGGACUUGGCGGUAUUCCAGGUAUUGAUGGCCUACCUGGAGACAAAGGAGACAAAGGUGAAACUGGGGUGUCUGGAGGCCCAGGGCUGCCAGGUCCUGCAGGAUUAAAAGGAAUUCAAGGAGAUGCAGGAAUUCCAGGCCUUCCUGGUCCAAAAGGAGUUACUGGAGAAGCGGGUAUCAAAGGUGAAAAGGGAACUUCAGGAGCAAGAGGUACAGAUGGUUUGGAUGGAUUACCUGGCAAACCUGGUGUUCCUGGGAAAGAUGGGUUGAGAGGAAUGGUCGGUGCACCCGGGCCAAGCGGCGUUAAAGGCACCAAGGGAGAGAGAGGCCUCCCUGGAUUACCUGGGGAUGUGCUCCAAAAAGAAGGCCUUCAGGGUGACAAGGGAGAUGUUGGACUUCCUGGGCCUCCAGGAGCUGAUGGUCCCCCAGGGCCUCCUGGUCCACCUGGGCUUCAGGGUCUACCCGGGGAACCUGGAGAGUUUGGUCAGAGGGGUAAGAAAGGUGAAAGUGGAUUGCCUGGAGUUGAUGGCCUUCCUGGACCUCCUGGUCCUCAGGGUCCACCUGGGCCACCAGGAAUCCAAGGGCACACUGGACCUCCCGGCCUACCUGGUGAAAUUGGAUUUUCAGGCAAACCUGGAGAGCCCGGAAAACCUGGACUCCCUGGUAAAGACGGUCUGGACGGUCUUCCUGGAAAUGAUGGUGCCGUGGGACCCAGGGGUGAGCGUGGAACAGAUGGUUUUCCUGGCAAGCCUGGGCCUAAGGGUGAUGAUGGGGCUCCUGGACCUAGGGGACCUCCAGGGGAGAGAGGAACAGCUGGUCCUCCUGGACGUCCUGGUGCAGAUGGAGCAAGGGGAGACAGAGGUGUUCCUGGAGAAAGAGGAAUGGCAGGACCGUUUGGGCCAAAGGGUGACAAGGGUGACAAGGGUGAAGUGGGAGCGAGGGGACCACCUGGUGCUCCAGGAAAUGUUGCAAAUGUCAUCCCUGAGCCUGGAGAACCAGGAACACCUGGAGCAAAAGGAGAAAAAGGGGAUCAAGGGAAACCUGGAGAGAUGGGUCAAAGAGGGUUACCUGGUGAGCAAGGCUUUAAGGGACCAGCUGGACCAGCGGGUCCAAAAGGUGACACCGGACCUGCAGGCGAGCAAGGGCGUGUUGGAGACCCUGGUCCACCUGGUGCACCUGGUACUCAAGGUCUUCGUGGAUUACCAGGGAAUGUGGGCAUACCAGGGAUCAUUGGGCCUCCUGGUCCAGCUGGGCAGAGAGGAGACAAGGGGGAAACGGGUAAACCAGGACAACAAGGUCCCACAGGCCCAUCUGGAGAGCCCGGUUUGACAGGACCACCAGGACCACCUGGGAAAGGAAAAGAUGGCCAAACUGGAGAUCCAGGACCACAGGGAAUACAGGGACCCCCAGGGCCAAAGGGCCAACCAGGGUCACGAGGAGAACCAGGAUUACCAGGGGACAGAGGUACUCCAGGAGAGGGCAAAGUGGGACCACAGGGGCCUUCAGGAAAAAAUGGAGAACCAGGAUCUGCGGGCUUGAGGGGUCUACCAGGAGUUGCUGGUCCUCAGGGCCCACCUGGACAUAAUGGUUUACCAGGAAGGCCAGGAGAAAAGGGAUCACCAGGAGAGCCUGGAAAGGCAGCUGACCUCUCUGACCUGGAUCUGAAGGAUGUUUGCUCAGACUGCCCUGCAGGUCCACCUGGACAACCAGGCCUCCCAGGAGUCCCAGGAGACAAGGGACUACCCGGAACUGCAGGGAAAGAUGGUCAAGAUGGUUUCCAGGGACCACCGGGACCAGCUGGACCUCAGGGGCCCCCUGGAGCUGAUGGAGUAAAGGGUGUUAAAGGUGACAAAGGACCUGCUGGAAGCCCAGGAGACAAAGGAGACAAGGGUCACCCCGGACCCCCUGGCCAUCCGGGUACACCUGGCUUAAUGGGUGCACCUGGUAAUGAUGGCCAGCCUGGCUCUGUCGGCCCCCCAGGGUCCCCUGGAGAAAAGGGUAAAGAGGGUCUCAAAGGAAUCCAAGGGCCACCGGGUCUACCUGGCUUAAUUGGACAACCUGGGAAAAUGGGAAAAGAUGGCAGACCUGGUGAUACUGGAGAAUCUGGUAAACAAGGUGAACCUGGACCACCAGGGAGUCCUGGGCUUAGAGGACUCCCGGGCUUUAAAGGCCACAGAGGAGAACCUGGAGCUCCAGGCCCUAAGGGAGAAGAUGGGAAGCCUGGAUCAUCUGGACGUGAUGGAAAACCUGGAAAAGAGGGCCCAACUGGACCUCCAGGCCGAGAGGGACUAAGCGGAAUGAGAGGAGAGCCGGGCAAACCAGGUGAACCCGGGCCGUCAGGAAAGUCUGGCCUCCCUGGAACUCCAGGUCUCAGGGGAGACAAGGGAGAGCCUGGCAGCCCAGGAUUACCCGGCUUUAGUGGACCUAAAGGCCCUGCGGGUCCUCCUGGUCCCAUCGGCCCAGAGGGAAAACAGGGGAUACCAGGCAGAGCGGGUGAUCGUGGCUUCAAAGGAGACAAGGGAGAUCCAGGUACAAAGGGAGAUAAAGGACACUCAGGAGAGCCAGGUAUGCCUGGAAACCCUGGACCCCCAGGCAGAAAGGGCCACACAGGGAUGAUGGGUAUGCCGGGAUCACCAGGAGAAAUAGGAGCUCCAGGGCCCCAGGGUCCUUCAGGAAACCCUGGUGCCCCAGGUCAAAGGGGAGAGUCAGUAUCACUGGAGCUGAUGAGACGACUCAUCCAGGAGGAGCUGGCUAAACAGUUAGAUGCCAAAAUGGCUUACCUCAUGGCUCAGUUCCAGCCUGCCCAUGUAAAGAGCACAGCAGGUCGUCCUGGACCUCCAGGCCCUCCGGGUAAAGACGGCAGCACUGGAAGACCCGGACCUCCUGGAGAGCCUGGUAUGCCUGGACAGAGUGGAGGAGAAGGACCCAGAGGACCCAUGGGCCCCAAAGGUGAGAAAGGAAUGAGAGGUGAAAAGGGGGAUGCUGGUGUCGGGGAGAGAGGAGAACAAGGACCCACUGGCCCAAUCGGUCCCCCCGGUCUGCCUGGUUACGGUAAAGAUGGAAGCCCAGGACAAGCAGGAGCCCAGGGAGAACCAGGAAACCCCGGCCCCCACGGUCAGCCUGGACCUCCAGGUCCUCCUGGCCAAUGUGACCCCAGCCAGUGUGCUUACUAUGCCAGCCUGGCACAAAGACCCCACACUAAGAAUGUAAAGGGGACUUAAAAAAGAAGAGACAUAAAGAGCUUGAAGACCAGCUGUAUUUAUGAACUCUCUUGUGUCGACCUGAAUCAAGAACUUUUUUUAACUUUUCAAGAUAACCUCAGUAUGGAGGGGCUGAAGCAAAGUGCUGCCGGUCAGAUUCGUUUUGUUUGUUUUGGUAUGAAGUUUGGGAUGAUGGGGAUUAAGCAUUGAGGGACUUUAUCAGAUUAAAUAUGCAGUAAAGAGGGCAGCUAAAGUUUUUUCUCUUCACUUGCAUGCUUCCUGUACAGAAUACUGGGAGACGGCAAGGACGAUGCAACUCCCUAUCCCUAAACGCCCCCAUCGGGUAAAAAUUUGGGAGUCUGAUUUUGUAUCGUUUCAUCAAUUAUAAUCCAAAAAUUCAGCCAGGCAUUUCUUCCAGGAUCUGUCUGCACCUCAGUCUUUCUUCUCCUGCUUCACACUAUUUAGCAUCAAUUACCAUUCACAGCCCACACUGUCCUACGCAAAACAAUACAUGUCAGUCACUGCACACUACAUUGAUUUCUCCCACAGUUCGUCUACCAGUCUAUUGGUAAUUACUCCAUCAAGAAAACUAUCCGUGUUACUGUCAUUGAUGGGAACACGGGGUUCUGACAGUGUGAGGCACAAACUCAAACACCAAUAGUGAUUUUGUGUGGGAGGAGUGUUAAUGAGUUCGUGUGGAGAGUGAUGAAUGGCCACAUUUGUGCUUUUUGUGCUUCCAAGCUGGAGGUAGUGUUCUUAUACAGCUCUGUUUUGUGUUGUACUGGCAUCACAAAACAGUAAAGAAUCAAAUAUCUAUGAAGAAAAACGUGUCCCUUAUACAAAUUUAACAGUAGUAGCUCAAUUUGAACUUACCAGUUUGAUGAGGGCUGCAGAAAAACAGGAUUUUACCAGGAAAUAAAUGUAUAUUUUUGUAAGUGUUAAUGGUAAAUAUCUCAUUUUGGAAUGGUGGGUAUUUAGGGGGUUUCAUCCCUGGAUCAUUUGGAGAGGUUGUUCUGAAACAAGUGAAGCAAUUUGUUUGGACAUAUGUGAAAACAACAGUCAAACUCUGUGCAGGAUAAGAUUCAGCAACAUCUGCUGGUUCAACAGUUGUUACGUUCUCACAAUUUUGUCCAGCUUAUCAAACUAGAGGGAAUUUAUCCUAUUAUCCCUAAAGCUUAUGCUUUGACCAAGCAGGUCUCUGCUUUUACAUACUGCUGUCAGAGCUUCUCAGCUGAUACUGCUUACUGGUGUUGUGGUUUUAAGAGUGACCAUGUGAACUGGUGACCUUCUAACCCUGUUUAGAGAAUGCGUUAACAGGAGUUUAUAUUUGUUUUAGGCCUACAGAUACCAAGUGGUAACCCUUAAUGCUUUGUGUGGGCGCACCUGCAUGAGUACUGAAAAUGUUUGGUAUCUGGCAGCUUGGACUGCAUACAGUGGUGGCCAGUAUGCCUUCAUCUGGAUUGGAUUGGUUCUGUGGAUGCAACGAGUUCUACAUUAAAUACCACCCUGUUAGCUGGCAUGAUCGGCUAUAUUUCACCAGUCUAUCCAGCCUUGCUCCAAGCAACUGGAAAUAUGACUCUCUUAAGACAUCCACAUUAUGUGACUCCCAAACAGCUUUUCAUUGGGACAGUUUUUAUAUCUUUAAAAAUACAACAAAAACCUGCUCUCAAACAAGAGCUGGCCCCCAUCACUCACAAAAGGAUACAGCUCUAUGAACUGACUUGUCCUUGAAGAACUUCAUUGUAACUUGUUGUCUAGAAAUAAGUUGAAUUCUCAAUCUUAUCAGUACCCCGAAAGAGUAAUUUGCUAAACAAUAAAUCCUCACAUUCUUUAAAAGCAUGUUUAAAAGAAAAUUAAGGGGGAAAGCUGCUAAAGAAGCACCGCUAUCCUCUUAGCUCGUGCCUAAUUUUCCAUGGCUUCACUGCAUACAGCAUGAAAGGAUACCAAGCCACAGUAAGAGUGCUGUAGAAAUGAUAUAUUUUGCACAACAUGUCUGGCUGCAGACAGUACCUCUCUGACGGCCACUCUCACAGAUCGUUCAUCUGAGACACCAUCUCUUUCAGAACAGAAAUGCAUGCUACAACUUUCUAAAUAAAACUGGAAUAAAGUUCAGUUUUGGGUAAGAGUUAAGGUAACAGUUACAAAAUGUAAAGUUAAAAACCUGAUCUGCAAAACCUUAUUACAAAAUGUGUAAUAAAGCCUUUAGAACAGUCUGCUUACAGGACAACAGCUUGUCCAUCUGAAAACAUUCUAACACAGCAAGAGUAGCUUAGGUAGCUCUGUUAGCUGCAAAAGAUGUGUAGGUAAUGUAGCUUUGAGCUAAUGUAGCUAAGUAGCUAAUGUUGCAAAAGCCAAGCUCACAAAGCAGUUAAAUAAGCUUUGUAUCUACGUUCUCUACGUAGCUACAGUAGUGCUGGUAGCUGCAUAAGAUACAUAGAUGACAUAGCUUUGUAGCCUACAUAGCGAAAGCUAAGCUAAUAAAGCAGCUACAUAACUAUGCUAUCUACAUAGCUACAUUAGCUUUAGCUAGAUUUUCUGAAGCUUACAUUGCUAAAGGUAACUUAGCUACAUUGGCUUAUGUAGUAAUGUUAAUUACGUAACUAUAGAGCAGCUUUGUUAGCUUUAGCUUUAGCUAAUGAGGCUAAAGCAAGCCACUGUUCCCGUAACUUCUUCUUAAAUGGAUCUAUGCAUUUUCUUAUCCUGAUGUAGACCUGUGAUCUUUUUCUCUGUUUUAUUUGUGAUUUUUUUUAGAGUGUAAUGUUUGUAAUGUGGUUAUUUCAAGUGUGUCAA